AUGGGCACUGUAUUUUCACAAGCAAAUCUUUAUGGUAAUUCUACUUUAUCAUCAGAAGCUCAAGAAUCAUUAAAUCAAAUUCUUCAUGCAUUUAAUAAUGAAUUUCUUUUUCAAUCACGACAUCAUCGUCAACCAACACAAAUAUCACAUUCAUUAAAUACACGAAAAGAAGAAUCAAUAAAUAAUUUACAAAAAGAACAUCAUCGAUCACGAUCAUUAGAUCACAAUCAUACUCAAGAACAUCAACAUAUUAUUACGUUAACAAAAUCAUCUGUUAAUAAACGUCAAUGGCAAUGUCAAUUAUGUCAUACAAUAAAUGAAAAUGAUAUACAAUUAUGUAUAGAAUGUGGUUCAAAUAAAAUAAAUGUUUAUAUUCCUUCUAUCAAUCAUAUGGAUACAAUUUCAAAUAAAAAUCAUCAUCAACACAAUUCAUCAGCUCAAGUCAGUAAUUCAUCAGCUGGUCAUCAUCGUCAUCAUCAUCACAAUCGAGAUGUUUCUGUACGAAAACGAAAUUCAAUAGAUGAAGAUAAUGAUCAUCGACGUAGUGUUCUUAUAGCUCAUAAACAUGAAGCUGAUGAACAUAUUGUUAUGAAACAUGUUGAAAAACUUCUUCGAACUUGUUUAAUAACACAUAGUAGAUUUAAAGAUAAAAAUUUUCCAGCAUCACCUCAUUCACUUUAUAUUAAUGGAGAGUCUUUUUCAAAAUAUACAUUAUCUCUUUUACCUAAUCAACAGCAAAUGAAUUUAAAUAAAUCAUCAAGUAAUAAUAUUCAAUGGUUGAGACCUGAUCAAAUAACUCCACAAGAAUGGACUGAUAAUGCUCGAACACAAUGGGCAGUUUUUCGAGAUCCUAAACCGAAUGAUGUACUUCAAGGAGCUUUAGGUGAUUGUUGGUUUAUAACAGCAUUAAGUGUUCUUGCUGAAGAACCUGAAUAUUUAAUGAGAGUACUUAUUACUAAACAAUAUAAUUCUGAAGGAAUUUAUUCUGUACGUUUAUGUAAAGAUGGUGAAUGGACUCAAGUUGUUGUUGAUGAUCGUCUUCCAUGUACAUCAAAUAAAAAAUUAGCUUAUUCUCAAGCACAUCGAAAACAACUUUGGGUUCCAUUAAUUGAAAAAGCUUUAGCAAAAUUAAAUGGAAGUUAUGAAGCUAUUAUUGCUGGUCGAUGUUGUGAAGGUUUAGCUACAGUUACAGGAAGUCCAUGUGAAACAUUAAUACUUGGUCGUGCAAAUAAUCCAGAUGAUAAAAAUGUUGAUUAUGAUAGAUUAUGGUCGAAAUUAUUAUAUGCACGUUCUCAAAGAUUUUUAAUGUGUGCUAUGUGUUGUAAUAAUUUUAUUAGUAAAGAAGAAUUUGAAAAAUAUGGUUUACUUAAUAUUCAUGCUUAUUCAUUACAAGAUCUUAAACAAUCAGAAGAUGGAAAACAUAAAUUAGUUAAAUUAAGAAAUCCAUGGGGUGGAACAUAUAGAUGGACUGGUGAUUGGUCAGAUGAUUCACAUUUAUGGUCUGAAAAUCCUGAUUUACAUGUUGAAUUACUUAAUGAAAAACGAAAUAAACGUGAUGGUGUUUUUUGGAUGCCAUUUACAUCAUUUGUUAAAUAUUUUGAAUGUGUUGAUAUUUGUAAAUUAAGACAUAAUUGGUAUGAAGUUAGAGAUUCAGCUAAUUUUUAUCCAGCUCCUAAAAUGAUGCAAGCUUAUUAUUUAACGAUAUCACAUUCGACUGAACUUGAUAUAACACUUCAUAGAAAAAUAAGUAAAAAUCUUCGUGUUCAACGAAGUGAUGUUAGUCUUUGUAUUGCUGUUAUAAAUAUGGAAGAACAACCUAAUGGAAAUUAUCGUAUUUAUUCAAUGCCAAUUGUAAGUCGACGUGAUCAACAUAAACUUAGUUCAACGAAUGGUUUUCUUCAACCAGGAACUUAUGUUAUUUUACCAUUUUUAUUUAAUCAAGUUAAUAAAUAUUUAGAUAAUACUGAAUUCACUAUUGCUAUUCAUAGUUCUCAUGUACUAGAUAUUCAACGUGUAAAAUUUCCUUUACGAAUUGAACGUGAAUUUUUAAUAAAACUUUGUAUAUUUCGUGGUGAACCAGUACGUACAUCAAAGAAUUCAGAUAACAUUGAUCAACAAUCUGAUGGUGUUACAAUAUAUGAAUUAAAAAAAUAUUGGGAUGGUCUUAUAUUACUUGUUGAAAAUCGUCAUCCAUCAAAAUAUGUUCAUUUUCAUUUUCGAUGUACUAUAUCAAAAAAUACAUUGAUAUCAAGAAAAGAUUCUAAACGAGAAAUGUAUGAUAUUAUACCACCAAAUUAUAGACAAAUAAUUGUAACUAUUUCAAGAAAAAAUCCAUCGAAUUCAUUUACAAUUGGACAUGAUUUUCAAUAUAUACUUUCAUCACAAAAUUUAAUUAAAUAUGGUGAAGGUAUUAGACAAAAACAUUGGCCAAAAAUUGAUGAAAGUCAAUCAAGUGAUGAUAUUCAUUUACCACAAAGUAUUUUUUCUGCAAAACAUAAUUAA